GUUCCCAAUUAGAGGAGGGUCUGCAACAACCUCGAAGCUAGUUCAAACUAGUGGAAGGUUGUCUGCAUUAAAGCAGCUUACAAAAUUAAACCAUUCUCCAUACUCAUAAAUUAGAUCGAAAAAAGUACGUACUGAGUUCGAGUAUUGAAUUCAACAUGGCUCGUGGAAAGGUUCAGAUGAAGAAGAUCGAGAACCCGGUGCACAGGCAGGUUACCUUCUGCAAGCGCCGGGCGGGGCUGCUGAAGAAGGCUAAGGAGCUCUCUGUGCUGUGUGAUGCUGAUAUUGGAAUUCUCAUUUUCUCCUCCCAUGGAAAGCUCUUUGAACUUGCCACCAAAGGAAACAUGCAAGGGCUUAUUGAGAAGUACAUGAAGAUGAAGCCACCACGAGUGUCUCAGGCUGAUCAAGCCAUAGAAACGCAAACUCUGGAUGCAAAAAAAGAGAUUAACCUGCUGAAACAGGAGAUUGAAAUACUGCAAAAAGGUCUCAGGUACAUGUUUGGAGGGGGUGCUGGCACAAUGACCUUGGAUGAACUACAAGUGCUUGAAAAACAUCUUGAAGUAUGGAUUUAUCACGUACGCUCGGCAAAGAUGGACGUUUUGUUCCAAGAGAUCCAACUGUUAAGGAAUUCGGAAGGAAUACUGACAGCUGCAAAUAAGUAUCUACAAGACAAGAUUGUUGAAGAGAACAUCGGAGUUACUAACAUUACACCAAUGGCCUUUGACAAUCCAUAUCCACUAACCAUACCAGAUGAUGACAUAUUUCAAAUUUAAGAAAUUGUAUUAGCAAUGAUGUAGUACUAAACUUUCAUAAACAAGAUUAAUAAUCAUCUAGCUACCUAGGUUGCUUAUGAUAUCAAAUGUAUGUCAAUAUUGUAGUAUUCUAUACUAUAGUGUUGUUAUUGCAGUAAACUUGUGUUGUAACUUAAAUGAUAAGGAGGAUAUUGUGGUGUG